AUGAGAUUCUCAUUCGUUUUGGCCAUACUAAUAGUUGCCAUCUAUGCGGCACCUCUUCCCCUGGUAGAAAAGAUCAAACGCACACUAGCAUUUUUGAAAAAGGCCAAGACUAUUGGAGAGUAUGCUAUUAAUACGCCUACUGGAAUCUAUCCUAUCAAAGAUAUUAAUGAUGAUAACUUCCUUGAUAUUUUCAAAUUCCGACCUGAAAUCGAGAAGUUGAGACAAGAAGAGAAAGCAAAUGCUGCAGCUGCUGCCAAGUCUACUGAUGCUGCUGUCAACUCUGCCGUAGUCGAUACCGGAUACGGAGGAGAUGUUGCCGCUGCUGCUCCAGCACCAGAGCCAGCAACAAGUGGUGCUCCUGAACCAUCCGCUGAGCCAGCUCCCACUACAGUCGAAGGAUCCGGGUCCAUUGAAGGAUCAGGUGCUCCAGCUGAAGUUGCAACCACCGUCGCUGCUGAUGGUGCACCAGAUAACUCAUUCACUGAAACCUUGACCGCCGAAACUGAACCAGCUAUUAUUCUUCCACCAACUCAGCCACCAAAGCAGCUUUCUCCACCAGCUAGUGGAUAUAUUACAUCUGACCAAGAGAAGCCUGCUGCUCCAGCUGAGGAGACGCCUGCUCCAGCCGCUGAAGAUACCCCAGCUCCAGAAGCCGCCCCAGCCGCCGAAGAGACUCCAGCUCCAGCUCCAGAGGCCGCUCCAGCCGCCGAGGAAACCCCAGCUCCAGCUCCAGAGACUGCUUCAGCUGCUGAGGAAACUCCAGCUCCAGAAGCCGCUACAGCUCUAGCAGCUGAAGGAGUCCCAGCUGGAUACGUUGAUGGUACUGCUAGUGCUCCAGCACCAGCUUCUGAACAACCAGCACCAGAAGCACCACCCGCUGAAGAGACACCAGCUCCAGAAGCUACCCCAGCUGCUGAUGAAACCCCUGCGCCAGCCCCAGAAGCCGCGCCAGCCGCUGAAGAGACACCAGCUCCAGAGGCCGCUUCAGCUGCUGAGGAAACUCCUGCUCCAGAAGCAGCCCCAGCUCCAGAAGCAGCCCCUGCUGCCGAGGAGACACCAGCACCAGCCCCAGAAGCAGCUCCAGCUCCAGCUGCCGAAGAAACACCUGCUCCUGAGACUGUUUCUUCUGCUCCAGGAGCUGAGAAUCCUUAUGGAGGAGACGCCACCCCAGCUCCUGAAGCCGCCCCAGCUCCAGAAGCUGCUCCAGCUGCCGAAGAGACUCCAGCACCAGCCCCAGUUCCAGAAGCCGCCCCAGCUGCCGAAGAAACUCCAGCCCCAGAAGCCGCCGCAGCCCCAGAAGCCGCUCCAGCCGCUGAAGAGACAUCAGCUCCAGAGGCCGCCCCAGCCCCGGAAACCGCCCCAGUUGCCGAGGAAACCCCAGCUCCAGCUCCAGAAGCUGCUCCAGCUGCCGAAGAGACUCCAGCACCAGCCCCAGUACCAGAAGCCGCCCCAGCUGCCGAAGAAAUUCCAGCCCCAGAAGCCGCCGCAGCCCCAGAAGCCGCUCCAGCCGCUGAAGAUACAUCAGCUCCAGAGGCCGCCCCAGCCCCGGAAACCACCCCAGUUGCCGAGGAAACCCCAGCUCCAGCUCCAGAAGCUGCUCCAGCCGCGGAAGAGACCCCAGCCCCAGAAGCAGCCGCUGCUCCAGAAGCCGCCCCAGCUCCAGCCGCCGGACCAUACGAUGGCGCAUCAGCCGAACCAGCCACCGAAACUCCAGCCACCGAAGCCCCAGUAAGUGAAACUCCAGCUGAGACUGCCGCACCUGAAGUCGCCGGAGUACCAGACGCCGUUGCUGCUCCAACUGAGGCCCCAGCCACCGAUGCCGCUGCUCUUGAGUCUGCUCCUGCUCCAGCUGCGGAGCCAGCACCAGCCGCUGAAGCUUCUGCGGGAUAUGAUGCACCAUCAACAGGACCACAAGAUGCCCCAGCUCCAGCCCCAGAAACCUCCUCAGCCGCUGAAGAGACUCCGGCUCCAGAAGCUGCUCCAGCUCCAGAAACCGCCCCAGCCACCGAGGAAACCCCAACUCCAGCUCCGGAAUCCGCUCCAGCCGCUGAAGAGACUCCAGCUCCAGUAGCCGCGCCAGCUCCAGAAGCCGCUCCAUCUUCCGAGGAUACUCCAGCUCCAGCCGCAGCAACCGAAGAGACUCCAGCCCCAGCCCCAGAAGCAGCUCCAGCCGCAGAGGAGACUCCAGCACCAGAAACCGCUCCAGCUGCCGAAGAGACUCCAGCUCCAGCUCCAGAAACCACCCCAGCUGUUGAGGAGACCCCAGUUCCAGAAGCCGCUCCAGAAGCUGUUCCAGCCACCCCAGCACCAGCUUCUUCCGAUGCCUAUGCUGCUGCAGAGACUGCCUCUCCAGAAGCCGCACCAACCGAUGCUGCUCCAGCCGCUGAAGAGACUCCAGCUCCAGAAGCUGGCCCAACUCCAGAAACUGUUGUAGAAUCCGUCCCAAUUGCCGAAGAAACUCCAGCUCCAGCCGCAGAGGAAACUCCAGCUCCAGAAGCCGCUCCAGCUGCCGAAGAGACUCCAGCACCAGCUCCAGAAGCCGCUCCAGCCGCGGAGGAGACCACAGCUCCAGAAACCGCUCCAGCCGCUGAAGAGACACCAGCACCAGCUCCUGUUCCAGAAGCCGCUCCAGCCCCAACUGCUGAAGAAACCCCAACACCAGCACCAAAAGACGCUUCAUCUCAAAUCUCAUCAAGUGGAUACGACGCAGCCCAAAGCACGGAUACCGUUGUCGCUUCUUCCGCUCCAGCUGCCACAUCUGAUGCAUCUGGAGCCACGAACUACGAAGGACAACAGUUUGCAAUUCAAGCCGCCCGCAAGAAGGUUCGUCGUGCCGCUUUCGUUGGAUGGGGUCGUGCGUGA